AUGCACUUCAAAAAUAUCCAGAUGAUAGAGAACUAUGUGGAUGGUUUGAAAGGUGAAGAAGAAGCUACAAGAGAAAGAGAAUUUGAAAAAGUGUUGAAUGAAAACAUUGUUGAAUCAUCAAGAAGAAAAGAGAAUGAAAAUGAGACAGAUGAAGAAGAAGGUACAAGAGAAAGCGUAUACAAUAAUCCAAUCUUUGAAGAUAAUAUGCCAAAGACACCAAAUAUGGAGGAUGAACAAAAUGAUUUUCUUACCAAUGAAUCUCAAGGAGAAGAACCUUACCAAUCACCUUACAUGAGGCGAACAGUUGAAGUGAGAAAAAAAUUAGAAGCUGUUGAGACAAGGAUUUCAAAAUCCAUAUUCUCACUGCAAAAGGAUGGCAAGGAAAUAAUAUUUGAAACAAAGGAUGGGCAUAAAGUGGAAAGGAUAUUUUUUAAAACAUUAAUACCAAGUGCAUGGAUCUACCCAAAAGUAAUCGACUGUUGGUCGAUGUUCUUGAAUGAUGAAGAGAAGCGUAAAGCAAAUACCACACCAUUAUGCUUCUACUUCCCAACAAGAAUGCUGACCAAUGAAAUGUUGGAUAGGGAUACAUCAUAUGAUAAGAGAUUGGAAAAGUUUGAAGAAAGUAUGAAUGAAGCCAUGAAGAACUACCCACAUCUGAAGGAUUUAAAAAAAGUUGGAAUUGUGUUCUUCCCAAUACUGCACAGAAAGCACUACUACAUGAUUUGUUUCAAUUUGCGAAAAUGUAGUGUACAUCUGAUUGACAAUGAGAAAACCACAGAAGAUAUUGUGGAUACUUAUGGAAUGUUGCCAUAUAAUUUGUGGUGGAUAGAAAACAACAUGAAUGACAGUGGAGUUAUGUUGAUGAGACAUAUGGAAACUUUCAAAGGACAAGGGCCAAAUAACUGGGAUUCUGAGAUUGAAAAAGACCAAAAGCAGCAGAAAAAACAAUUGACAAAGCUUCGAUCAAAAUAUGUUACAAAGAUCUUGGUGAAUGAUAUCAACAUCCACAACAAUAAGAUAAUAGAAGAAAGUCUUAAGUUUGAAAAGCUGACAAAAGAAGAACAAAAACAAGUUGUGAAUCAUGCAAUGGAGAACUAUGAGGAAAGGUUUCAGUUGAUUGGUCAAGACUAA